CACGUGCCCCGGAAGGCACGUGCCCCAGGAAGCCGUCGCCCCCGGUUGUCACGUGACAGCGGCGGCAUGUUUCCCUGCGCUGUGCGGGGCUUAGUCAGGGCUGCCAGGUCUGGCAUACCGAUAGAAACAUGGCGGCUGCGGGGUGUCGGUGGAACGCACUGGGCCGGUCGGUCCGUGGGUGCCUCAGCUUACCCCAGGACGACGUCACUAAUAUCCAGCACUAAAUGGGGGAGCUAUGGAGGAUCUCAGGGGAGCAGGAAGCGGGGCUUCAUUAUCACUGCCGCAGGUUAGCGCUGUGCCUGCCAUGGCUGUCAUUACAGUGUGUUAUUAUGUCACCGGAGGGUUAAUGCCUUACAUGGGGGUCAUCUGGAUUCAUAUCAUCGUUAACUCCAUUUUAUUUGCACUAGUUUGCGGUAAAACCGAGUUUUUUUUUUAACAAAAAUAAAAUGGUUUCUAGCUACCCAUUGGUAAGAAUGAGUCUUACAGAUUUAUUUGCGGUUGUAUUGGUUUUUGUUUUUCUUUUCUUUGUACUGUAAUCAGUGUGUAUAUAUAUAUAUAUAAAAACACCCCACAAAUUUCUAGUCCACUGUAUCAAGAUCACUUGCUUUACAUGGGUAGUGUCAUGAUAUAAAAAGUAUUAUGUGCAUGAUUUUUAGAAGUGCUAAGAAAUGUGCACAUGAUACUUUAAAAAAAAUUUUUUUUAUACAUAUACGGGUAUUCUGGGAUUACAACAUGUAACUUAUUAGAACAAUAACCGCACAUAAAUAAAGACAUACACAAUAUGACACAGACUAAGGGAAGUGGUUUAGCACACCAAAAUGCUACCCUAAAUAAGCUUCUAGUGCUGCACGCGCUUGAAUUGCACCUAAACGGUGAUUAGGACAGUAUAGCUUUAGAAAUACACAUUUCUAUUCCUAACGCUAUAGUAUACCUUUAAAUGGUUACUCCAACCCAGGCUUCCCCAAACUUCGGCCCUCCAGAUGUUGCUGAACUACAACUUCCAUGCUUCUUUGAAUGCUUUAUUGCAGUGCCGGGCAAAACUGUCAACGCUGCUUUCAAGACCCCCUUGUGAUGUAAGGGCAGCUGACGCACAGUCAAGUGAAGCCAUUGAUUGGACCAUUUAGCUGUCUUAGAGCGCAUGCAUGCGCUUUGAGCCAGCAUGGAGAGGGAGUUUAAAAAUUACAUGCAAACCUAAACAGAGAGGAUAGAAAAGUGGGAAAGCUGCAUAAAGGGGACAUAUCAGAAUCACUUUGUAGGAGGAUGUUGGGGCUAUUGUGAGGAGUUUUAUGGUGAUUGAAAUGGCUAUUAAAAUAACUAUGUGUUUAAAGGGACAGUAUAGGCACCAAAACAACUUUAACUUAAUGAAGGAAUUUUGGUGUAUAGAUCAAGCCCCUGCAGUCUCUCUGUUAAAAUCUUUGCCAUUUAGGAAUUAAAUAAUUUUGUUGAUGCAGCUCUAGGCACAUAUCCUUGCAUGGGACCUGCACAAACUUCCUAAACAUUUCCUGAAAAGAAAUCUACAUAUUCUAGGUUUCUUUAUUGCACAGUCUGUUUAAUCUAGAAUUUCUUCUCCUGCUCUGUUAAUAGCCUAUUAGAGCCUGCAUGAGCCACCUGUCUUUCUUUGUUUUAUAUUGUGCUAUAUAUGAAUAAAUCCAUUUUAGAGUUCAUAUAUGCUUCAGAUGAUACUUGGAACAUAGUAACCACUGUAAAUAUUGUUUGCAACAUUUUAAUUAUAUUUUAUAUUUCUUUCUAGCAUUUUCUUUGUUUUCUAAACUUUUCGACCAUGAAAAGGAGGACAAAAUCACUGAAUCAGAAGAAAAAAUAAUAUAUCUUUUAAAGAAGGCCAAGGUAAGUCAAUACUAAUUCCACCAGCUAGUGGUUUCAUUUAUGGUUUUCAAAAUUGGAUUACUGCCAAGUAGUGACCAACAUAUCCUAGAACCUUUAAUCCCCACCUCUUGUAGCUCUUUUUUCUUCUUCAAUGCAACUGUAAAUACAUCAUCGUAUAUAGCUGUAAAAUCCUAAGUGGGUGAUCAGGCUCUCUCAAUAUUAUUAUUGCCAUUUAUACAGCGCCAACAGAUUCCAUAGCGCUUUAUAAUAUUAUGAGAGGAGGCAUUCAGCCAGGGAUGUCAAUAGAGGGAGGAGAGUCCCAGCUCUGGAAAAAAGGUAAGAGAUAAACCCCUUACUCCCCCUUCAGUGCCAUGGGAGUGGGACCCUGAGGGUGGAGGCACCCUCAGGGCACUAUAGUGCCAGGAAAACAAGUAUGUUUUCCUGACACUAUAGUGAUCCUUUAAGGAACGAUAGGUUGAAGAGGGCCCUGCUCAAACGAGCUUACAGUCUAUAGGAGGUGGGUAUAAAACAUACUAGGACAGGAAAUAGCAAUCAAAUAAGGUGGGAGUGAAGCAUAGCUGGAGGAGAGAGAGUAGAGUGCUGCCCUUUAGAAGAGAGCAAGAGAUAGGUAUGUAAGCUAGAGGUUACUCGGGGGGGCCAUAAGCUUUCCUAAAGAGAUGGGUUUUAAGGCACUUCUUAAACGAUUGAAGAUUGGGGGAGAGUCUGAUGGUGGCGGCAGGCUAUUCCAUUGGAAGGGAGCCACCCGCAAGAAGUCCUGCAAGCGUGAGUUGGCCGCACGGGUGCGAGUAGCGGACAGAAGAAGGUCAUGGGCAGAGCGGAGAGACCGAGAAGGGGCAUACUUAUGGAUCUGUGAAGAGCUAUGAGGGGCUAGAAUUGUUCAGUGUUUUAUAGGUAUGGGUUAGCACUUUGACUUGACUCAUAUAGGAUACAGGAAGCCAAUGUAAGGAUUGACAGAGGGGUGAGGUGUGAGAGGACCGACUAGAGAGGAAAAUCAGUCUGGCGGCAGCAUUCAUUACAGACUGUAGCUGGGCAAUACGGCUUUUGGGAAGCCCAAUUAGGAGAGGGUUACAAUAAUCCAUGCAGGAAAUUACUAGAGCAUGGACCUUGGUAGCAUCUUGCGUAAGAAAGGGGCGAAUGUGGGCUAUGUUUUUAAGGAAUCUACAGGAUUUGGCAACGUACUGUAUGUGAGGCUCAAAGGUGAGGCCAGAAUCAAGUAUGAUGCUAACACAGCGCUUGCAAGGAUGUACUUAUGUGGAUACCACUCAUUUGAAGGGAGAGCGAAAGAGGAGGAUCAGUAUUAGGAGGAGGAAAGACAAGGAGCUCAGUUUUAGAGAGAUUGAGUUUCAGAAAGCCGGAGGACAUCCAGUCCGAGAUGGAAGAAAGGCAAGCAGUGACACGUUGCAGGGGAGACGUCCGGGGUGGAGAGAUAUCUCUCGGUGUCAUCAGCAUACAGGUGGUAGUUGAAUCCAAAAGAGGUAAUAAGUUUGCCAAGAGGGGCAGUAUAAAGAGAAAAUAAAAGGGGACCAAGGACGGACUCCAACUGAGACAGGACGAGGGGAGGAGUUAUGAUUAGAAAAGGAGACGCUGAAUGAGCGUUGGGAGAGAUAAGAGGAAAACUACGACAGGACAGAGUCACAGAGACCGAGUGAUUAAAGAGUUUGAAGAAGGAGAGCAUGAUCAAUGGUGUCAAAGGCAGCAGAGAGGUCAAGAAGAAUUAGUAUGGAGUAGUGGCCUUUGGAUUUAGCUGUGAUUAGGUCGUUAGUAACUUUGAUAAGAGCAGUCUUAGUAGAGUGGAGAGGGCAGAAGCCAGAUUGAAGAGGGUCGAGGAGAGAGUUGGAAUUGACGAAGUGAGACAUACAGGUAAAGACGAGUCUUUCCAGAAGCUUUGGGGAGAAAGGGAGCAGGGAUAUGGGACGAUAGUUAGAGGGGGAGGACGGGUCAAGAGAUGUUUCUUCAGGAUAGGUACUACAGUGGCAUGUUUAAGGUCAGCAGGGACAACACCAGAAAAGCGAGAGCAGGGGAAGAUAUGUGUUAAGGAAAGCACAAGACAGCGGGGAGAGAGAUAUGCUAAGGUGAGAUGGGAUAGGAUCGAGCGGGCAAGUGGUGGAGCGAGAGGAAAGGAGAAGUGCCUCAUGGCCUUCUAUGUGAGAGCUUGUGCAAACACAAUAAGCUCUUUUUUCAUAAGAACUGAAUAAAAUCUGUAUGCACAAUGUAGUUGUAGGUUUAACUCAUAAUUUAUAUUAUGAAUACACCAAAUCUUAUCCUGCUUUAUUGCAGAUUUUAUGCAAAUAUCUCCAUUUUCUUUUCAUGAUGCAGAAUGGCCACAUUGGGCUUCCAUAUUUUCUUCUAAAAUUUUAAUUUGUAAUUUUAAUUAAUCUAAGCUUAUUAUGGCUGCACAGCUUCCAGGAAAAGACCAAGUAGUAAACGUCAUAUUGAUUCAUAUUAUGAUGAUUGCAUAGAGCCAUAGACCAUCAUUGGUCAAUAAGAGGUUAAGCAAAAAAUGAAUGUCACAAAAAUACAUCUAUAAUAUCUUGUAUAGGAAAUCAAAUAAUCUUUUUUUUCUAUUUUGUCUUUCACAGUUGGGCAUAAUGAAAGGUGAGUUUGAUGAAGCUGAAGAUAUACUACACCAGGCUCUCCAUCUGGGUCAGGAGUCUGAUUCGAAGAGAGCCAUUAUCUACACCUAUGACCUGGUAAAUGUAUAUCAUUCACAUGGGCUUUAUGCAAGACUAAACCUCAAAGUGCCUGUGGAUGUACCAUCAAGAGGCCUGUGAUUAAAUGUCCGUCCCCACAUGUCUCCCAACACUAGAUUACAUGAUAUUAAAAUGUAUAUUAUUUCUCUGAUGGCAGGGAGUUACGGCACUACUGUGACCUCUGAAAUGGUCUACCAAUAGCACUGUUUCUAAAAAAAAAAUGUCAUGUGUGUAAUUUUAUAACUUGUGAAAUUCUGCUUUUCAUCCACCAUUUUACACUGGGAUAGAUUUCCAGCUAUUCUCUUGAAAAGAAAAAAAAUAUCAUGCUUAAUUAUUAAUGGGAUAGAAGACUCCUCUUCUAUCCAGAAGUCACUUUAUGGAGUAGUUUUCAUUGUCUUAUUUCUUCUCAAGCAGUUUUGACAUGCAAAUUAUGCACAGCAACAAGCUUUGGAAUAUUUUGAAUAGCAACUACUAGUAUUUUUUUUUUCUUUCUUCUGAAUGUAUUUGCUACAUAACCAAAAAUAUAGUUUUGUGUGUCACGAAUCCAGCCAUUGAAAUAUCUAGAAUAUAGUGCAGUUGCUUCUUGUGCAGAGAUUGUUGUCAGUCACAGUCAGGGGAGGUGUGGCUAGGGCUGCAUAAACAGAAACAAAAGUGAUUUAACUCCUGAAUGGCAGUGAAUUGAGCAGUGAGACUUCAGAUGCACGAUCUACACACACAAACUGCUUCAUUAAGCAAAAGUUGUUUUGGUGACUAUAGUGUCCAUUUAAUUAUAAAAUGACAAAUCUGCUGAUUCUAAGAAUGUUUUAAACAGUUUUUGUACAAGAAUGAGAAUGCAUUUUGCACUAUAGCAGUCCUGACUUGUAGUGCCAUGAAGGAAUUAAAUUAGGCUUUUAACGGCCUGGACGCCAAUACUCAUGUAAUACUGAGUGAACUAUAUUUCAAUAGCAAUUGCAAAUUCCUCAGUUAAACUGUAUUUCUCAGUUACCUUUACCAUAUAUUUAUCUUGUGAUUUGUGUCGGUCUCUUGGAAAAGUAUUCAUACGAAUCAUACAAGAGUAUUUACCAAAGUGAGAAUUCAAAGUGAAUUUUAAACUUAAGGCCAAAGUAGCCAAACUGGAAGCAUUGUUGAUCAGUUCAGGUAUUUUUCCAUGAAUUUGAAAUUCACUUUUAAUUCUCACUUUAUUGAAUAUCCCAGAUAUUGUCUAGGUGACUGUUGCGUGCUUGAUCAGCGAAUAACUAUGACUUUUUUUCUUUUCUUUUCAGAUGGCUAACUUGGCUUUUUUUAGAGGGCGCUUGGAUGACGUAAGUAAAGUUAAAGAAUACUCCAGGCACAUAAAUAACCUCAGACCUGCUGACGUCUGUUAAUUUUUGAAAAGGAGUUAUGGUAGGGUGUGGAACUGCUCUCUAUCCCUUUAUGUAGUAUGUAGCUGGGUGCAACUUGGACAGUCUCAGUACCAGAGACCAAAUGGUGAGUAACAAAAAUAGAAGAAAGGUCCAGGCACUCUAAGGUACAAACCAGGCAAUUUUAUUGAACCCACUCCAUCACAACGUUUUGACCUACACCGUCUUUGUCAAGCUUGACAAAAAGACUGUGUAGGUCGAAACCUUGUGAUGGAGUGGGUUCAAUCAAAUUGCCUGGUUUGUACCUUGGCGUGCCUGGACCUUUUUUCUAUGUCUGUAAUUUUUUUGACAGUUUAUAGAAGUGCCAUUUUUAAUAGAAAUGUAAACGUUUAUAAUUGGAGGCAUAAACACAUUCCUGGCAGCCACUCAGACAGACAGGGAGGUUUUCUUCUGCUUUGGUUAACACCACAGACCUAACAGAAGUGUCAAGCGCUUUCCCCUCUUGUCAAUAUGCUGUAUUUCACUCAUUGAGAAACAUUGUAAAGCCAUCAUGGCGUGCGUGCCCAAUUACGGCUCCAGAAUGAAAGUCUGUUGAUAAGAGCUCCCUUAGGCAAGUCUGUAACUUUUGCAAACUUUAUAUAUAUGUAUAUAUAUAGAGAGCAAACAAUGGGUCGCAAGAGUAUUCUGAGAACGGACAGCAGCUAAAAUAGCCUGCCCUUCGGUGGGUCCCCGCUCAGAACUCAUGCUGGUUUUAGCUCAACUUGUGCCAUUACAGAGAGAACAUAUCUGAAGCAUAUCAGACUGGUCCCACCCAUGCGGGCAGUCCAGACCCGAAAUGCCAGCAAGUUCUCUCUGCACGAGAGAUACAGCAACCCCAGACGAUCGUUUCAGCCUUGUUAGGCAUCGUCAGUGAGGCAUAGCUGAUAUCUCUAGGCACCGUGAGCAAGGGGUCCACGUCUGGAUUACCCUUUAAACUAAUGGAGAGCAAACAAUGGGUCGCAAGAGUAUUCUGAGAACGGACAGCAGCUAAAAUAGCCUGCCCUUCGGUGGGUCCCCGCUCAGAACUCAUGCUGGUUUUAGCUCAACUUGUGCCAUUACAGAGAGAACAUAUCUGAAGCAUAUCAGACUGGUCCCACCCAUACGGGCAGUCCAGACCCGAAAUGCCAGCAAGUUCUCUCUGCACGAGAGAUACAGCAACCCAGACGAUCGUUUCAGCCUUGUUAGGCAUCGUCAGUGAGGCAUAGCUGAUAUCUCUCUAGGCACCGUGAGCAAGGGGUCCACGUCUGGAUUACCCUUUAGACUAAUGGAGAGCAAACAAUGGGUCGCAAGAGUAUUCUGAGAACGGACAGCAGCUAAAAUAGCCUGCCCUUCGGUGGGUCCCCGCUCAGAACUCAUGCUGGUUUUAGCUCAACUUGUGCCAUUACAGAGAGAACAUAUCUGAAGCAUAUCAGACUGGUCCCACCCAUACGGGCAGUCCAGACCCGAAAUGCCAGCAAGUUCUCUCUGCACGAGAGAUACAGCAACCCCAGACAAUCGUUUCAGCCUUGUUAGGCAUCGUCAGGGGUGCGGCGGCGGGUGGGGGCCCCAAGUCAAAUUCACCCCAUCAAUGGUGACUAAAUAAAAAUUCAGAGCGCAAAAAAAAAAAAAACCCGACGAAAAAGAAAAAACCCGAGCGCAAAAAAAUCCAUCUUCUUCACCCAUGGAGGGCUCCGCGCAGACUGAGCUCCGCAGGGCAGGGAAGGCUUAUAAAGCCUUGCCCCGCCCUGCAAUUAUGCUAAGAACACUCUGAUUGGUGGGUUUAAGCCAAUCAGAGUGCUCUUUGUCAUUUUACACAGCGUGGGAAAAUUCCAAAGAACUUUCCCACGCUGUGUAAAAUGACACAGAGCACUGUGAUUGGAUGGAUUUAAAGCCAUCCAUUCACAGUGCUCUGUGUCAUUUUACACAACGUGGGAAAGUUCUUUGGAAUUUUCCCACGCUGUGUAAAAUGACACAGAACACUAUCAUUAUGUAAGAUAAGACAUACUAAAACAUAUUAUGCGCAAUACUUUAGUCAACUAUUUAUUUUGAGUUGUUGUUUGGGGCCAGAGGAGCAUGACGUUCUUUUCCAAUCCUCACUGCAAACAGGUCUCAAUUUAUAGAACCCCAGACAGGGGUUAACAAAAAUUGAUUUGUUUUACAUCAAUGCCAGGAUUAAAAUGUGAGAAUUUUGAAUAACUUGACAUUACCAGUGGAAUCCCUAGAUAUUAACCUACUAACAUUUUUCUUAUACAACUUGUAAUAAAAUUAUAUUUACAAGUAUUUCUUAGUAUACAGGUCAUUUAUAAAUUGUGCAGAGUUGAAUAGCUAAAUCAUUUUCUACACCAAUUGUUACUUGUUGUUUUUUUUUAUUUUUUUAUAAUUUAUGUUUCUUUUAUUUAUAUGUGGGAGAUGCCUGACAAAAAGCUAAAAAUGCCAGAAACAUGCACAAUUUGCAAAAGUAGCAAGAAGGCAUAAGCAUACAUUCCCAUUUUACUAUGUUAUAGUACAGCCUCAAUAACAAAACAAUUGCCCCACUCCAUAUAUCAUCAGAAGAUAUACAGUGGCAAUAAAACUAAUAGGACAUUGGCAUGCAAUAAAAAUGAAGCCUUGAUAAGACUAAUGACAACCUAAACCAAAUGAAAGUAGAGAGGUGAAGCAUAAUGUUGCAUCAUCCGAGCAGGAUAUGGUUUCAAACUUAAAACCCCUAACCAAGGGAACAGUGGAGGUGGGAGGAGGGGGUGGAGGAAAUAGACAAAAAAUUAGGUUAAGACUUAAACCAUGGUGGUCGACCUAUUUACAUUGCAAGCAUCUGGCCUAACGCAGUAGAGCUUAGAACAGUCAACAAACUAAAAUAAAUUGUAUAAAAGCAAAAUACAUUUUAAAAGAACAGUUUAGAGUGUCAUACUUCAGCCCUAGCUUGCUCCUUAGGAAUAACUUGAGUAAUUUUUCGAACAUCCCAAACGUGGGUGGUAAAAGCCGCAGAUGAAGUCAAGGGAGACUGGUGUAUAUUCAGCACAGCGUGGAAUUGAUGGCUCUUAUCAGGUGAGGAUAUUUGUGUAGGGUGACUUCCUUCUGGACAACCAGGGCUCACGAUAGACCACAUCUGUAGGAAAUCCCAGCAUUUCUUAUUAUUUGAGUAAUAGGGCUCAUAAUGUACCACCAAAGUGUAAAACUAUGUAAGUUGUGAUAAAAAAAAAGUUGGUGCUCUUCAAAGCCUUAAAGAAUCUUAUUCUAAAGAGCCGGCAUAAUGCAGGCUUUGCCGCAUAAGGUUUGGCAAUGGAUAAUGACAUCUCUGUGUGAGGAGUUUGGAUGCUCUGAGUAGAUAAAUCUUCUAGAGCACCAAUGUGUCAAUUCGUUCACCAUCUCAGCAGUAGCGGUCAUACUCUGUGGAAUGUGAGAGAUGUCUUCAGUGGCCUUAACGCUGCCUGUGAUGGAGUGGAACUCUUCAUUAACUAUGGACAGAUCACUAGCAAACAUCUUCUGCUGGACCAUCAUCCCAUAUAGGCUAGUGGGCACACAGAGGAAGUGUCGAUGGAGCGUAGGCCUCAGGUGAGCAAUUCUCACCUGUGUGCGAAUUUCAUCCAGGAAAGGCCCCCACAAGAAGGCCCUUGGCCGCCACACCAUAUCUCCUUAUUUUAUAUUUAAUGGUGCCUCUGCCUUUAACCCCUUAAGGACCAAACUUUUGAUAUAAAAGGGAAUCAUGACAUGUCACACAUGUCAUGUGUCCUUAAGGGGUUAAAGGCCAUGAUGAAAUAAUGUAUUCAUUACCUUACUGUUAUAACUAUACCUCCAGCGAGGCUUUGCCAACUUCGAGGUGUAGUUCAGGAACUUUGGAUCACUGGCCUGUAGUACAAAAUUUAGAAUGUUUGUUUGUGAUCUAUUCAGACUAUACAGCAUACACUCUUUUAUCGUUCUCUAUUUAUCAUCCCUUCUCUUAAGUAAAUUAUACUGUCAUUUGCUUUCUAGAUGCAACACUCACCAGUCCAGAACUGUAUAUUAAAUGAUUAUUUAUAUUGUGUUUUGCAGGCAGUAAAGCUCUUCAAGAUAACUAUGGUUUACAUGCUUGAUCGAGGUGUUAAACAGGUAUAUUUUGCUUGAUCUCUCCUUAUGUUCUAACUUCACACCUUUUUUCCAUUGUUUUUACUUUUUAUGUUUAUAUACUUUUUGAUUAUUACCAGAAUGAAAAUUCCUUUAUUGAGAUAUCUCUCAAGUUGGCAUGCAUCUAUGCUGCACAAAACCAGUAAGUCCCAGUGUGUGAAGAUAUGUUCUGAAAACCAUGGCUGGUGGUUUUCUAUAUCUGUAUGAUAAUGGAGCUUUUGUUGUCUCAUUUUAGAUUUGGGGUUUGGAUUUUCUUCUGCUUUCUUCCAGGUAUGAUCUGGCUGUGGCAGGAUUCCAGUUCUGUAUAUUAAAUUUGACAGAGAAGCUGAAUACGGAUGAAGAGUUAAGGGACCUGGCAGGUGAGACCUCUGCUAAUAUUCUCUAUACGAGUGUAAAAUAAAAGUGCAUGUACUCUCCUAAUCAUUCUGAGGUAAAUACAGAUGCAUAUAUUGUUACUCUAUAAUAUAAAUAUUUGUAAACCUUACAACUGAAGACCCCUGCCUUUACAUUGUUCAGAAUGUGGAUUUUUGUGUUUUUUCUUAUUAUUAUAUAAUUUAUUUUCCUUUUUGUGUUUUAUUUCAUUCAACAGAGGAGGAAAAAAGCAACACUCGCCUCCUACUCGGAUUAUGUCUGGAUUCAUACGGACGUUAUCUAAUGAGCAAAGAAAAAUUUGCAGAUGCACAAGCAGUGUAUGAAAAGGCUCUAAAGAUCUGUAAGGAGGAGCAAGGAGAACUGCACCCACAGGUGGGUAAAGGAGACAAAUUAAAGGGAUUCUAUAGUAUAAGGAAUACACUAUAGAAUUCCUUUAUUCCUAAGACUAUAAUUCUUUCCGCCUCCCCUCCCCCCGGCACUGUAACCCUUUUAACACUUACCCUAUUCCUGUGCCAAACUCUCUCGACACUGGGUCGGUGCUCCGCUUCCUCCAACGACAUCUGACACGAAGGGGUGGGGGGGUGGAGGAGGAACGACCAAUUCGCAUACGCAGCAAGUGGAGCGAGCACAUUAGGACCUUCAAUGCUUUCCUAUGAGAAUUUAACUGACUCUGGAUAUCCUCAUGCAGAGCGUGAAAAUGUCCAGUGUCACUUAUGCGACCAAAGUCAAUUGGCCACCAGGAAGUGCCUCUAGUGGUUGUCUGAUUGCCAGCCAAUAGAGGCAUUCUUAGUCCUACAAUGUAAUUAUGGCAGUUUCUCAAAAACUGCAAUGUAUUACAUUGCAGGACUAAGGGGCGCUACUUCCAGAACACUUCAUUGAGAUGAAGUGGUAUGGAUAACUAUAGUGUCCUUUUAAUGAAAUGUUGAGGAGUCUGGAUUAAAUAUUAAAAUUAACUGCCUAGCAAACAUACUAUUUUUUUAUAUAUACUCUUUAAUAGUUUUUCACUUUCUUGAUUUGAUUUUUAUGACUCUGUUUUCUUACUUGAUGUAGACUAUUACCUUGAUGAAUGACCUGGCAACUGUUCUGGAGGCUCAAGGUCACCAUGAUGAGGCCUUUGACCAAGUGUCCCAAGCACUGGAGCUUGCUAAAAAGACAGAGCACACAGAUCAGCAUGUAGUGCAGACUAACUUAGCCAUGAUCCUUAUGCAUAAAGGUAAAUGGAACAAAUCCUUACUAUAGACUGUACUGACAAUCAGAGUAGUUGUCUUUAUUUUACACUAUGCUAUAUAUUAUUCACAUUAAUCUUCCAUUCACAAUAAGCAUUCACAUCAGACCAUUUUGAUGUUGUCUACUGUGGAAAGGACAACUUUAUGCCAGAAUGAUAGGGGCACUUUUGGGAAGAGAUUAAUUGCCAGAAGGUAAUGAAGUCAUGUGUUAGACACAAGUGUAAGUGGUUUUGAAGUGUUGGGAGGGGGUUUGGGUCAAUUAGUGCUUUUGUGUCUGUUUUAAAAAUAGGGAGGGGUAGCUAAUGGGAUGUAAUGAAUUAUAAUGUGCCACUGGUAGUGAGUUUUGGUUGGUAAAUUAACAGAAUGAAGGUAAGGAGCAGAGUAAGGAUUUAUUAAAUGUAUUUAUUUUGUAUUUUUAUAAAAUGUUGAACCUAGAUGGCAAUUGUUCUCUGAAGUUCUCGUUGCAGAUUAGCCCAGCUCUCUCCGCCAUCAUUGUCAUCUAAGUUGGACAAAAUUGACAAUGUUAAUGUAUUAAUACCACAUUAUCAAUGUGGCUGAGGAAUGGGCAGUUUCCUUGUGCCGUGGAGAUUCCUGGAUUUUGUCAAGCCUCUUCUGUGUGGUUUGGACAUCAUCCAAAGCUAAAGACAAUAUAAUCUCUACAUGGAGCGGCUAUGUUCCUUUAUAACAGCACUUUUGUUUAUUGUAUUAAGUACACUCAUCUGCCCCUGGGUUGCUUGUUUUCUUUGUUUUUUUACCUCUGUUUUUCUUCAGGCCCUAAAUAUUUGGAACAAGCUGAACAGAAUUUUAAGGAAGCACUGAAGCAGGCACAGGAGAAGAAGGACCCUGCUUCUAUUGAAUACAUCCUGGAUGGACUGUCUGAAUUGAACAGGAAUAUGAAAGGCAGAUGACCAGAAAUUAGGGAUCGACCGAUAUCAUUUUCCCAGAGCAGAUGUGAUAUCUUUUGCCUUUUCGGUAGAUUGCUGAAAACCGGUGCCAGUAUUCUGUACAUUUAAAGUUUUUAAAAAAGCAACACCAUUUCUACACAAAGCUGGCUGACAACAAUCACACUCAUCACUCUCAGGCAGCCAGUACAUGCUGGGAUCCCAGCAUGUACAGUGCUGUUACUAAUAGGAGUUGCAAUCGGUGGAUAUAAUUGGUCGAUCUCUAGAUGUAUGUGUGUAUUUUAUGAACAAAACCUUAAUCCCCAACCUUGUUCCAGAUUAUAGAUGUUUGACUCCUGUAAAGUUUCCUAACACACUUGUAAUAUCAUCUUGGGACUAUACAGAUAUAAUUGUGUAUAUGUGCAUAUAUGAUAUUUUGUACUGUAUAAGGAAGUGCAAUGUUGAUUUAUAAUUAUUCCAUUGUGCCAUUUAAAUGAUUUUUUUUUUUAUUGGUUCAACAUCCACUUCAGAUAGGAUAUUUCCUAGACAAAUGGACUGUUGCAAUUAAGAAAUCUUUUUAAAUAAAUAAGUCCAUAAGAAAGCAUAACUAAACAGGAUUGUUAGUUAGCCAUUACCAGCCCUGACGAUUCUUCUUGUAUACUUACCCACUAAUGGUUGCUGAAUUAGUGGGGCAGCAGCAUGCAGCUAAUAAACAGAUAUUCCCAUAUCUUCUAAAAAGAUUAUACAUAACACUUUUUAGAAUACUCUGUAUAGUUGAAUGAGUUCCAGUCAGUGUAGCGGAGACAGAGGUGUGAUACAUUGGUUUAAUAAUCAGCAUUUUGGGUGACUGUAUAUGGAGAGAUUUUAUAAUUGUUUUGUUUGUCUGACUCACUGUAUUAAGUCUGUUACACAAAUAUAGUUGCAGAGUGUAAAAGGCAAUGCACACACUCACUAAGGGAAUAGUCCCACCUGAGUGCUCCAUACCAGGAAGGUCAACUCCCAAUCAAUCCCACUGGAACAAUUUAAAGGAACACUAUAGUCACCUAAAUUACUUUAGCUAAAUAAAGCAGUUUUAGUGUAUAGAUCAUUCCCCUGCAAUUUCACUGCUCAAUUCACUGUCAUUUAGGAGUUAAAUCACUUUGUUUCUGUUUAUGCAGCCCUAGCCACACCUCCCCUGGCUAUGAUUGACAGAGCCUGCAUGAAAAAAAAAACUGGUUUCACUUUCAAACAGAUGUAAUGUACCUUAAAUAAUUGUAUCUCAAUCUCUAAAUUUAACUUUAAUCACAUACAGGAGGCUCUUGCAGGGUCUAGCAAGCUAUUAACAUAGCAGGGGAUAAGAAAAUCUUAAUUAAACAGAACUUGCAAUAAAGAAAGGCUAAAUAGGGCUCUCUUUACAGGAAGUGUUUAUGGAAGGCUGUGCAAGUCACAUGCAGGGAGGUGUGACUAGGGUUCAUAAACAAAGGGAUUUAACUCCUAAAUGGCAGAGGAUUGAACAGUGAGGCUGCAGGGGCAUGUUCUAUACACCAAAACUGCUUCAUUAAGCUAAAGUUGUUCAGGUGACUAUAGUGUCCCUUUAAUAUGUCUGGGUACUCCCAGUGGUUCAAAAGAAGACGUUUCGGCACUAUCAAGAUUUGAUAAAGGCACAGGAUAGUACCGAAACAUUUUCUUUUUCUUUGAACUCAAAAUAAAUGUCUGACUGUUAAUAAGAAACCAUUAAACCACUGGGAUUGCCCAGAUGUAUGUAUUGUUCCUGUUACAUAAAUACAUUUAUUGUUGGAAAAUCAGGAAGACAUGCAUUGUAUUGUUUAAUUAAAUCAGUUGAUCAAUUACCAGUACAACCAUCUUGUAAAAUUGUUUAUUGUGGCAGCUGUUCUUAAUGCCUAUAAAUGAUAUUUUUAUAAAUUUGAUUAUAUCGUGUUUCAGACUGUGCAGUUGAAUUGCCAACAAAUUCAUUUGUUUUCAGUGAAUGCUGGUGCCUGGUGAAGAAAUAGAAAUACAGUUUUACAAAAUGCUUCCUUGCUGAGCAUUAUUUGUUUAAAAAUGUAAACUUUUUUUUUCUUUCAUAUGUUCACUAAUGUGGUAUUUGGAAUUGAUAUGUUUAUGAAAGACAAAACCAGCAGACUGAGUCAUUUCCACCAAAUUAUAUUAAGUAUAGUCCACUGUUUGCAUUAAAAUCAGAAAUUCUUAUAUGUGAAUCCUAUAAAAAUAUAUAUUCUUCAUAUUUUUGAAACUCAGAAUUUCUACAGGAUUUAUUCUUCUCACUGUUUGCAGAUGGAACCACAUAAAUAUCCAAUAUUUGUCCAUUGGUAGCACAAGCAACCAGAUAAAAAUGACAAGAUAAAACAAACUGUAAUCCACCUAACCUCUUGUUAAAAGGGAACUGUCACUAACCCGGGUUUAACUAAUACUUAUUUGUGAAAUAGGAGAUAUAAAAUUGCAUUAACACCACUGUAUCCUGAAACUUGACGCUUCCAUCUUAACUUCCUGUCACUCUGUCCACCUGGCAGU